AUGUCGUCUAAGCAAGAACCGUUGGUAGAAGGCAAUAUAAAAGAUAAGCACCCUGAGACACAUGAGUUUGAGGUUGAUGUGAACCAAAUGAUGGAUACUAUGAUCAAGAGUGUGUAUUCGUCUAAGGAGCUGUUCCUUAGAGAGCUUGUGUCCAACUCCAGUGAUGCCUGUGACAAGCUUAAGGCACUAUACUUCCAGUUAAGGGAGAAGGGGUGUUCACUUGAUCCAGUCACAUCUCUGGGAAUUGAGAUUAUCCCAAACAAGGGCAACAGGACACUAACGAUCAAGGAUAAUGGAAUUGGAAUGACAAAGGCCGACCUGAUGAACUUUAUUGGGACUAUUGCAAGCAGUGGGACUAAGAAGUUCAGGGAAGAGAUGAAAGAAAAGGGGAACUCUACCGAUGCCUCUAAUCUGAUUGGGCAGUUUGGUCUUGGGUUCUAUUCCUCGUAUCUUGUAGCUGAGAGAGUUGAUGUGAUAACUAAGCAUCCUGAGGACGGGGCACUUAUCUGGACAUCGACUGGGAAGGACCAGUACACAAUAGAAGAGUAUGAGGGCGAGUCUUUUGCCCACGGAACAUCGAUAGUAUUGUACAUCAAGGAAGGAGAGGAGGAAUUCCUUGACCCAAAGAGGAUCAGCGAGAUAGUGAAGAAGUAUUCUCUAUUUGUGUUCUAUCCUAUAUAUACGUAUGUUGAGAAGGAAGUUGAAGAAGCAGAAGAGAAGAAGGAGGAAGAAAAGGCUGUGGAAGAGACGAAUGAGCCAAAGGUUGAGGAGGUACAAGAGAAAAGGUUAAAGAAAGUCACUGAGAGGGAACAGAUUAAUGUUGAGAAGCCAUUGUGGAAGAGAAACAUAAAAGAUGUUCCCGAGGAGGAAUUGAAGAGCUUCUAUAAGACCAUUUCUGGAGACUGGGAUGAUUUCCUUGCAGUUGACUUCUGGCACAUCGAAGGACUUCUGUCUAUUGAGCUUCUUAUGUUUAUUCCAAAGAGAGCAAGGUUUGAUAUGUUCAACAGAAACAAGAAGAACAAUAACAUCAAGCUGUACUGCAAGAAUGUGUUCGUAACAGAUGACUUUGGAGAUUGUAUUCCCGAGUGGAUGUCGUUUGUCAGCGGAGUAGUAGCUUCUGAUGAUAUCCCUAUGAAUAUCAGUAGAGAGAUGAUUCAAGGGACAAAUGUCAUGAAGCUUGUCAAGAAGACUCUUCCUCAGAAGAUAUUUGAGAUGGUUGGAAAACUUGCAAUGGAUACUGAGAAGUACAAGACAUUCUACAAGGAGUUUGGAAACUGCUUGAAGAUGGCGAUAGGAGAUGCAAGCGAGGGGCAGCAAGAUGGAUAUGCAAAGUGUCUCCGUUACUUCACUACAAAGAGUGGGGAGGACAUGAUAUCUUUGGACACGUAUGUGGAAAGAAUGGCAGCAAACCAGAAGCAGAUAUAUGUAGUAACUGGCCUAGGGAAGAAUCAAGUCAAAUCGAAUCCAGCACUAGAUGCAUUCCAGAAGUAUGAGGUUAUAUAUAUGUAUGAUGUAAUGGACGAAGUGAUGCUUAGAGGUUUUAAGAAGUACAAGGGGCAUGCUAUACAGAGGAUAACAAGUGAAGGAGUUGAGCUUCCUGAGGAUGAAGAAAACAACGAGGAGGUUGUGAAGUCAUUUGAGGAGUUCUGCAAGAAGGUGAAGGAUAUCCUCUCCAAUAAGGUGGAGAAGGUCACGGUGAAUCCAAGGCUUGUGAGUGUUCCUGCUGUCAUAUCUACCACUAAAUAUUCUUUGUCUGGGACCAUGGAGAACAUAAUGAAGUCACAGCCGGUCACCGAGGCAAAUCCAUUUGCAGCAAUGACAGCGGUUAGUAAGAAGAUAUUCGAGCUAAAUCCAAACCACAAGCUUGUCAAGAAUCUUAAGGCAUUCUUCGAUAACAACGAGAUCGAAAAGAUGAGUAAGAUUUUGGAAUUGUUUUUCGAGACUGUUCUCAUCCAUAAUGGGUUUAUGCUAUCUGAGCCCAAGGAGUUCUGUGCCAACGUCUUUGACUUCCUUUGUUCUGAAGAGGUGAAAAGUGAGGAGGUUGUUGAGGAGGUCCAGUGA